AUGGCGUCCCUGCUUGCUUCGGUUUACAAUUACCUCAGCCUUGGCAAUGUUUUUCUGCUGUUACUUUUGCUGUUCCUUCUCCAUUACCUGAUGGUGCUUUACGAGUUCAGAAACAUGCCACCCGGUCCACGCUUAACAACCCUCCCCGUUCUUGGAAACAUCUUCUCUCUUGACCAUAAGGCGGAACGAUUUCCGGAAACCUUUAGAAGGUCAGCACCUCUAGUAAUUAAAAAUGGUCAGUACGGUGGUUAAGUCAGGUAGUUAAGCAUGCCUGGGGGUACGAAAACGCAAAGCGCAAAGGCGUUAUGCAUUGCAUGAUGAGAGUUUUUAAAAUGCAAGACGUAUGAUUCCCUAGCAAAGCAAAGGUCUCCCACGGCGAGGCAAAAACGCUGCUGCAAGCAGGGAAAACGCAUGACAAAUGCAAUUUACUGUCAACAUUGUGCUAAGAAGUUCACACAUGUUAUCUAUGCAAAAAUGAUUCUAUUUGCCGGCGUCGCGACGCUGGGUACCAGAGGUUUUUUCUCGCGCGCGACGGGAAGCUUCGUUUCGUCGGCCGUAGGCCGACACGUGUUUGGCCAAAGGCCGAAGACACGAUUCGCCGCGAGGAAAAACCACUUUUCGAGCGGGUCACUUUAAGACUUAACCAAAACCGGAAACCGCCCAUGGAAAGCCUCUGGCACCCAGGGUGCGGCGUUGCAUGCUAGAAUCAAAACGAUAGAAUAACAAAAUACAAGUUGAAUCUCUCGAAACAGCCACCUUUGGGACAGAGGAAAUUAAAGAGGCCGUUACAGAGAGGUUUAAUAUUGACUGUCCGCCCAUAAAAGAAGUGGCCGUUGAAAUAUCCUUUUCAAAAAUGUAACUGGUCUUCUUUUAAUAGAACACGUGAGAAAGACGUCCCUGAUAGAAGGGUCACUGGCCUACUCGAGCUUCUCUAGGCGAGCCAACUCUUCAAACAUUUCUUUGUAAAACGUGGCGAACAGCUUGUGCCAACAACAACAACAAUAACAACAAAUACGAAUCAAAAAGUGGGCUCCGCGGGUCACCCCUUUGUGACGGUAGGGUCACCCUCCUAGCCUGGCCAAGUCACUUGGUCAAGAUGAGAUAAUCAGAGCAUGUGCGAGGGCUGUUUUAUACAAACAAAUCACGUGUACGGUAUGCAAGAGCGCUGUUGCGAGAGAACGGUUGAGCGAGUGGCUUUCAUGACUUUCCCAUAGAGAACCUACUUGCAGGCUAUUGCUCGCAGAAACGGCUCAUGCACCAAAGUUAUAGCCUCCUCGCAGAUGUCCUAUGGGGUUCGUUCGUCACGCAUUCAUUUCUCCCCAACGGACGACGUCCGUGGGGGAGAAAUGAAUGCGUGACAAACGAACCCCAAAGGACGUCUGCGGGGAGGCUACGAAAGUUAGCGUUAAAACAUAAAUAAAUAAACAAGAAGAAUAAGAGAAGAAGCACAUCCCCCUCCACAAAAAUUUAAUGGAGGAGUAUGGUUAAAAGCAUUGUUUUUCAUUUAUUUCCGCCCUUUUUCUCAAAUAUCUAGCAAAAUCUCAUUCAAUCAUAAAAUGACUCAAUUAUUUUGGACUCCUUGGCUCAAUAAUUUUUGGAGAAGUUUUGGCUUCUCUCUUUUCGAAUGUUUUCAACGCAGAAAAAAUAGAAAUAUUGGAUUUUGGGGGUUGUUAAAAAUUAAAAUAUGAAGGGAAUAAUUAGUAAAAAAUAGUAGAUAGUCCACUACCACAAUAAGGUGCCCGUGAUCCUAUAAGCGGACUAACUGGUUGAUGUGUAUACCUUCUCUGCCCUAAUUUAUUUCCUUCCCAAAUCUACAUCACUCCAUCCCCCUCCCCCUAAAAAACAAAACAAAAACAAAAACAAAAACAAAACACCCAGACUGCCCUCUUAAUGGUCGACCAUUCACUUGCCUAUCGCCACGAGAGGAUUUUUCGCUGCGAAUGCAAUCAACGAAAGCAUAAGCCCAUCCUAAAGAGAAAUAAAACUUCUCUUCACCUGGUAAAUCAGUUCAUUGUGCUCUCCAUUUGCAACGCAAAACCCUUCCUUUCACUUUCCUAAAACUUUUACAUUGUAGCCUUCAAGACAAGUACAACGGUAUUUUUUCCGUGAAACUUGGAAGCUUCAAGGCGGUUAUGGCAAGUUCCUCCGAGGCUGUCAAAGAAGUUCUGGUGAAGAAGUCGGCUGAUUACGCUGGAAGACCGCAAAUGCACGUUUUUUAUGUGUCUACACUAGGUAUGUUUAAAGUUCAGUCCACGGACGCAACAACUCCUAACAUUGUUGAGGCAACAAUGUUGGAGGUUGUUACGUCCGUGUUGGCAGAGGUGUGGAAGCGGAUGCAACAACUUCCAACAAUGUUGGACCAGUAGUGCAUCGUGGGAAGGAUACAACCUAUAAGACUUUGUAAACUCCGAGGAGACCCCACGUAAUGCGCGUGCGUGGCCCCAACAAUGACGAAAGAGCUGUACAAACGGGUCCAAAAUUGUUGCGUUACGCUUCGGAGAUCACAAAAGUUGACCCAACGAUGUUGGGAGUUGUUGCGUCCGUUUGCACGUACCUUAAAGAAUUUAGUUUUCCCGAUUAUGUACCUCUGGAUGAGCUGUAACAGCUAAAUUCAUCUUCACCCAAAAUCCAAAUUUAUCUGCCUUAAUUAACCCUUUAAAUCCUAAAAUCGAAAUCGAAGUUCUCGCGAUCGCUUGUUAACGCAGUAAAUGGAAGUAGAAGGGAGAAGUUUUUCUAGGUAUAAAUCCAUCUUGUAAGAUCAUAUCCAUAAUUCUUGUUGAGACUACAUUCUUUCAUACCACAGUAAUGUAACAAGGAGAAAUUUGAUGCUGGUCACUCUUUGGGCUAUAAAAAGGGUGAAAACAAAUCAACAUAAACCUGAUUAACUAACAAAUCAGUCACUUUUUUCGCGGCGGAUGCCUCUAGGUGACGAUGAUUAGCAUCGUCUGAGUAUGAGGCGUUUCUGCGUGGAAAGAAGGAAAUAAAAGCGCUUUCUCCUAAGUAAGGCCUUAUACUCGCACCAUGAUCAACCUUUUUUGUAUGAAUUGAUUGACUAGAUAGAUAUACAUUAGGUAGGGUCACACAAUAGGCAAGUCACGUUAGAAAAUGCAAUCAACUGUUCACGUACAAUUUGUGUAUUAAACAAACAAUUCAUUAACCUGCGAAUACAGCCCGACAGUUGUAUCUACUCGCUCCUCGCUAAUAGGGAUGUUUCAUGGGAGACACGUCUGCGCCUUACCGACAGAAAUUCCUUACUGAUGACCCAAAGCCUGUCCAGAAUAAUUGAUGGGCGUGGUAGUUGUUUUCAGCUAUGUUGUUUACGAGUGAUAGACAAAAGACAAAAUUCAUAAAGACUGAAUUUUAACGGGAUAUAUCAUUCUACUGCAAAACAGUCAGUAUUCGUCGAAUAUGUUCUUCAGAAGAAGAAGCAAGUGAGUUUUGCUGCCGCUCGUUCGCAGAAGAACUUAAAACUCUACUAUAAUAAAGACCAGGAGAAACGUAAAUCCAACAAAUUUAAACUCGGAACACCAUGGCUACAAGUUUAGUUAUGAAAACAUUGAUUUACAUCAUCAGUAUGGAAUAAGAUCAUUGAGAACGAGCGCUGCAGGCGAUCAUCUCGACCGAGUCGAACUUGAAGUUGACUGGUCUAUCUCCGCUACUUAGGGGACAGGGCAUGGUUUGGGAUGAGGCGAGGAAAAUUCGUAUUCUAUUAACAUGCCUCCCUUCUCCGACGCCCGCCCCAGUGGGUUCAUUUGAAACCAAUUGCACAAUGACUGCCAGUGAGGACUCAACCUCGUUCCCAGGUGCUCUCUCCUCGGGUAGGAGAGAACCCUGGAGGCGAGGUUGGUGAGGACUGUGAACAGUCUAUCUCUCCCGCGAAACGUUCCUCGCGAGCGAGGAGCCACUGCUUUGCAGAAGUUUCAUGAUGCAAACUACCGUAUUUAUUCGAAUAAGCGCCCAACCUCGAACAAGCGCCCACCCCCUCUUCCUCCCAAUCAAACUCAAAUAAGCGCUCACCCCCACCCCACCCACUUGAAUGAAUAAAUUCUAAUAAGAGACUUCCCCAAGGACCGAGUUUUCUUCAGAGUAUUUUACAGAAAGCUUGCUUUAUUACUUCUUCGCGUUUUGUAAUUAGCAUUUAUUGUUUUGUUGCAAAAUAAACAUACUUCACUUGCUUGGAAAUGGUGAAAAUUUAAUAAGCGCCCAGCCUCGAAUAAGCGCCCACUCUCAAGGUCCAAAAAUUUAAUAAGCGCCCUGGGCGGUUAAUCGAAUAAAUACGGUACUGCUUUAUGGUAAGCAAACAACGGUUUUCGUAUUACAGGAGGGAAAGACAUAGUUUUUGGUCAAGGUCCUGCUUGGAGGUUCUAUCGAAAACUGUUCACAACAGCUUUGCGCCAAUACCUCUCGAACUCUCCUCUGAUUGAACAAAGAGUCACAACACAGAACAACAAACUGGUAAAGGUCAUAGAAAAACAAGCUGGAAAACCUUUCGAUCCUGCAGAUUGCUUGCAGAGAAGUGUUGCCGACGUUAUCUGUGGAAUUACUUUCAAAGACGGCACCGACACAACGAACCCAGACAUGGACGAACUUCUUAAGCUAAAUGUUAUGUUUGCUGCCAGCGCGGAUGACGCUCAGUUGGCUCUAGUCCUUAAUUUUUUUUCGUGGGCACGUCACCUGCCCAUAAAUGGAUCUGAUCGUAUCAUCCAGCUAUUUUUUAAGAUGCACGAUAUCAUUCGAAAACUACUCAGGGAGAGAAAAGAAACUUUUGACCCGACCGAACCAGUGGAAGAUUUUAUGUCAGCAUUGCUUAAAGCCCAACACGACUUCGAGGAAGAAUGUGAGAACGCUGAAGAGAGAUCUGCUCUGCUUUCUGAAGACCACUUCAUCGCGGCAAUUGAGGAUAUGUUUUUUGCUGGUUACGAAACCACCAGCACGAUAUUGAGAUUUGCCCUUGCUUUCUUAGCCAAUAAUCCAAAAUACCAAGAAGAAAUACAACACCAGUUAGAUGAAGUGCUUGGGAGUCGCAGACCCUCGUUGGACGAUCGCCCGAAAUUGCCACUCGUUCAAGCAACGAUCUUGGAAGUACUGAGGCUUGGAAACGUUCUGCCUCUAGCAGUUCCUCAUGUAGCGAUCAACGACACAACUCUCGGCGGAUACCGUGUCCCGAAGAGUACAAUUGUCUAUCCUAACACAGAAGCUGUUCAUCUUGAUCCCAAAUGUUGGGACAACCCGACCGUGUUCAAUCCGUACCGCCACGUAGACGCAGAAGGCAAGCUGAUCACCAACCAAGGAAAUUUCUACCCCUUUGGAGCUGGUCGCCGCUCUUGCGCUGGUGAAUCUCUGGCCAAGGUUGAGCUGUUCUUGUUUUCCUCGUGGUUGCUGCAGAGCUUUACUUUUGUUCCGGGGGACGGACAUCCCCCCAAACCCAAAGCAGGUCUUGUCCAGUUUCCUUCUUCCUACACCAUACGUGCCAUCAAAAGGAAGUGA